AUGCCUAGCUUGGGGCUUCUUGUCGCCAGCCUAUCGCACAGUGGGUGUGUCGUAAAUGACAUACUUGACCGAGACUUCGACUGCAAAGUUGUCUUGCGCUUGGUGUUGUUUGGCUCCCUACUUGCGGCGGACCCACCUGCUGAUGAAGCGCUGGAUAUACUGGCCUUCUUUGUUUUUAGCUGCAGCAUCCCAUUCGCUUGGGUCGCAAAAAUGACUCAGUUCAAUUUGGGCAUGAUGCUGAAUGUUGCUAUUGCACGAUAUCGUGCUGGUGGUUCGCCUGGAAUUUUUUCCUAUUGGGAACUUAUGCUGAUGGUAUCACCUCAGAACAAGGACGAUGAGAAGGCUGGGGUCGAGUUCGUCUGGGCGAAGGCAUUUGUCCUGCAUUGA